AUGCAACACUACACAACAGCUGUAGCUUCCGCUGCCGCCGCCGCCGCCGCCGCUGACGCGAAGCCCGCUUCGGAUAACUCUCAGCCUGCAGCUUCUGAGACCAAAGCGCCGGCCGCCGUGAGCUUGAGGCCGGGGGGCGGCGGGCUGGGCGGAGGGCUGUCGCUGCGCCCGGGAGGAGGCAAGCCGUCGGGGCUCUACGUGCGCCCGGGAGCGGAUGGAUCGAGCGCGCAGGACGAUGGUCCCAAGGGUCCUCGAGUCAAGUAUUCGAGGGACGAGCUGCUGGCUUACCGUGAGGUGAGAUGCGGUACCAUGAGUCAUCCCCCCAGGCACCGUUCGUGCCAUUUCUGUACCCAACCCCCAUGUGCCUCUCCCUCCCCUCCUUCCCUCUCCGUCCUUCCGCCAUCUCUCAUUCUCGCCUUCUCCCCCCGGUCCUCACUUCCUGUCUUCUCCCACCCCUCCUCACAUCCCCCCUUUUCUCUCCCCUCCUCACUUCUCCCCUUCUUCCUCCCCCUCAUCACUUUCCCCCUUUUUCCCCCACCUCCUUCCCGCUCCCCUCCCUCCCUCCCCUCCCCUCUCCCUCAAUGCGGCCAGCUGGACGGCCCUGUGGUGCCGAUAGUGAAGGCGGCCAAUCCGUGGAUGCCACGUCGCGGCGCCGUGGACGAGAAGGAGAAGGUUCUGCGCACCGUCAAGGGUAUCCUGAACAAGCUGACGCCCGAGAAGUUUGACGUGCUGCUGCAGCAGAUGCUCGACUCGGGCAUCACCUCCGCGGAGCGUCUGCAGGAAGUGAUUUCGCUCAUCUUUGACAAGGCCGUGGACGAGCCCACCUUCUGCCCCAUGUACGCGGAGCUCUGCGACAAGCUCUCCCACGCGCUGCCGCAGUUCCCGGGGCCCGAGGGGUCGGAUAAGCCGGUGACCUUCAGGCGGAUUUUGUUGAAUACCUGCCAGGAGGAGUUCGAGCAGGCGCUGAAGCUGAGGCAGGAGUUGAAGGGAUUGACCAAGGCCGAGCAGGCGGAGGAGCGGGAGGACGUGCAGCGGAGGGUGAAGGCACGCACGCAGGGGAACAUCCGGUUGAUCGGAGAGCUGUACAAGCAGAAGAUGAUUCCCGAAAAGAUUGUGCAUGCUUGCGCGCAGGAGCUGCAAGGGGACAGCAAGACUGAGCCUCCAGAGGAGAACAUCGAGGCACUCUGCCAGCUUCUGUCCACCGCCGGGCGAGGCAUGGAGGAGAAGCCCGCCGGCAAGGCCAACCCGGUCCUGCUCAACGCCUACUUCGACCGCCUUAAAGCUCUCUCCAACUCCCCCACGCUGCCCUCUCGCAUCCGCUUCAUGUGCCGCGACCUCGUCGACCUGCGGUCCAAUAAGUGGGUGCCACGUAGGAAGGAGCUCACAGCUAAGAAGCUCGAUCAGAUCCACGCUGAAGCUGAGGCCACGCUUGGUUUGAGGAAGGGUGCUGCCUCGCUCAGGGUCGGUGCAGUAUCGGGAGCCAUGCCUGGAGGUCCGGGGAUGAUGUUCCCUCCCGGGCCUGGCUGGCCCGGAGGUCCGGGGAUGCCCGGCAUGCCGGGAGGCUUGGUGGGAGGUAUGGUGCCGCCUGUGGAUUUGGAUGGGUGGGAAACGGUUUCGAUUGGUCGGCGCGGAAAGAAGGAUACCACCGGAGCUGCCGGGCAGGCUCGGCAGGGCGCUGCAGCAGCAGGUUCGGUACCGAUCAUGGGGCCAGGCAUGGGGCUCAAAAUGGGCCCAGGUAUGGGUCCGGGAAUGGGAGGCUCGUCGGCUUUCAUCGGCAAGCCGAGCGCUCUGAUUGGUGCCAAGCCUGCUCCGGAGUUUUUCGCUGUGCUGGAUCUCAAGGAGGCUCAGCUGUGUAUGGAAGAGCUUGGUUCAAAGGCAUCCCACGAGGUUUCGUCCCGAUUCGUUGAAUUUGCGGCGAAUUUUGCCCUGGAGGGUGGCAAGGAGAAGGAAUGUGUGGAGGUGGGGCGGCUGCUCGCGCACCUGCACUCCAAGGGCGCGUUCGCACAGAGCGACAAGGGCGAGAGUGCGCUGACAGCUGGCAUGCUCUCAUUGGCCGAGCAGCUCGAUGACCUGGCGCUGGAUGUGCCGCAGGCGCCGCGGUUCCUGGGCGAGUGGCUGGGCGGGUUUGUCGCGGCCGGGGCGGCGGAUUUUGGCUUACUCAAGUCGGUGUGUGAAAUGUCGUAUGACGGGGGUAGGAGGCGGGCAGUGGUGGUGGCGGCGGUUAAGGCGAUUGAGGGGAGCGAGGCGGGGAAGGAGGGUGUGGUGGAGGUUUUGAGGAAGGCAGGGGCGAAGGAGCUGAGUAAGGUUGUGACAGAGGAGGGGAAGGAAGAGGCUGAGGCAAAGAGGCGGCUUGAAGAGGACUUGAAGAAGGCUGGGCUGGCUUUGGAGGUGCUUUCUUUGUAG